AUGCCUGCGGGCCAUGGCCGUGGUUACGAAGUGACGGAAGUCGCAGGCCAUGGUUUGGGCGUGGUGGCACUGCGCGACUUCAAGGCCAAUGAGUUCGUCUUCCAGGAAUGCAGCCUGAUGACGGUGAAGACCUACACGCUCCUGAGCGGCGUCCUGGUCCUCCGGCGUGAAAAGGUGGAGACAAAGUACGACCUCCUCUCCGAUGCCGAGCAGCGUCAGUACCGCAGCCUGCACCCCGUGGCCGACGGCGCCGCGGCCGCGGCCGCCUCCGAAACCGACGCCGCGCUGCGGCAGCGUCUGGGGACGAGUUCGGCCGGUGCGGCUCAAGCCGUGGCGGCGUUGAGUGCGCAGGAACAUCUGAAAAUUUGGGAGUCCUGUGGAUUUCAUUACUGUGACUCAUCGGAUGUGAAACGAAAUCAAGUUUUGCAUUUGAUGAUAUGCCCGGCCUUUCUGAGCGUUUUCACCGGUGCCUGCUAUGCGUAUCGAUUUCAAGGGCAAAUCACCAAGUCCAUCUUGGCUGCUGGAGUCCUGUUCUUUGCCAUUAUGGGCCCCAUCUGUGCGAGACUGUUCUAUUUUGGCUCGCAAGGACUCUUUCUGACUGCUUCCAGGUUAAAUCACAGCUGCUUGCCCAACUGCCAGGUGCAAAUUGAGGCCAAAGCGCCUGGGUCCCCCCAGUUGUCGCUCUGCACCAAGCAGCAGCUGCAAAAGGGUCAGGAGUUGACCAUCGACUACAUCUCGGAGUUGCAGCAUUUGGACCUCAGCGAGCGAAGGAAACUGUUGGAGCAAGACUAUGGCUUCAACUGCAGCUGUCCACGCUGCGCCGGUGCUGCGAGCGCUGCGAGCGCUGCAACGGAAGAAGAAGAGGAGUCCUGA